AUGGCGACUUCCGGUUUGACAGCCAACGAGAAGUUGACGAUAGAGGCCUUGAAACAACACGACAAAGUUCAUCCUACAUUCAGGGCGAAGAAGAAAAUCCCGUCGUCAAAAGGACGCAGGGAGGGUACAGCUGAGAGCGGUGGUUUGUCCAAAAGACUUCUCCGAGUUUCCACCAGCGAUGGGCCCCCUGGGGGCAUUCCCUUGGGAAGUCCUUCCGCCAAAAGCGGCACCAACUUCAGCGUGUUCCAGGUGGUGCACGCAACGCGUACAUGGAAGCGCUUCACUCAGCAGAGGCGUCGGGCCACUGCAAGCCGUCAGUACAAUCUGGAGAACACCUUCCGUAUGGAACCGCGCGAAGACGGCAAGUUCUUACCGGUAACCGUAGAGAACAUGAUAAAACGUCAGCUACAGUUCCGCCUGACGGACGUCACGUACUCCGAGAACUGCAAAGAGAUCGCCAAAGACCUCUCAGGAGAAAUUAAGGACAGGAUUAAGAGUUUGAAUUUCCCACGCUUCAAACUUGUGUGUAACGUCAUCAUUAUGGAGAACAAAGGUCAAGGUAUUCACGUCACCAGCCGCAGUAUAUGGAACGCCGAAACGGACAAUUUUGCCUGCUACACGUUCAAGAACCCGUCACUGAUAGCCACAGCGUAUGUUCAUGGGGUGUAUUUUGAAUAAGUUUUCGUUAUUAGACCAGAAGACUCACAAUCAUCCAAGUAUACACUGCGCUCGCUUGCACCAGGCCGAAGGCACAAUUGUGACGUUCUAGAUCAGAUUUCGGGCUGUUUCCCAUCUACAUGAU